AUGUCAAAUCAAGGCUCAAAGAACCUUAAAACAUUUACCUAUCAGGAUUCUUUACCAAGACUUCCAAUUCCCUCACUAGAAGAAACUACCACCAAAUACCUACGUUCACUUCGUCCACUUAUUUCAAAACAGGAACUUGCGGUGGUUGAAGAACAAGUUAAAGAUUUUAUAAAGCCAAAUGGACUGGGUAAUCUGCUUCAACAGAGAUUAAUUGAUAUUGAUAAUAUUGCACCUGAUAAUUGGCUUGACGAUACAUGGUGGAUAAAAAAAGCCUAUCAAGAAUGGAGAGUUCCUUUGAUUAUUAACUCUAAUUGGUUUUUUAUGUAUAUUGAUGACUCGAACACUCCUGGUGAAUAUCUCGCUUCUCGUAAUGAUACUAGAUUCAAAGGAAUAUUCUCAGAAUUUCAAGUUAAAAGAAAUGUCACACGCUCUUAUCCUUUAUGUAUGCAUCAAUACACACGUGCUUAUGGUUUGACUCGUAUCCCACAACAUGGUUGUGAUGCGUUAAAUCAUACAAAACAUCCGAAUCAAUUCAGACACGUUAUAGUUACUGCAAGGAAUCAAUAUUAUAUUUUAGAAUGUUAUGAUGUCGAUGGGAAUAGAUUGAGUGAUGGUGACAUUGAACAGCAAAUUUGGGAAAUAAUUAACAAUGUUUUACAAACAGAAUAUGAUCCUCCAGUUGGAAUACUCACAGGAGAUGAUCGUGAUAGUUGGACCGUGGCGCGUGAACAUUUACUUACACUUUCUCCACAAAAUCGCGAGACAUUAAAUUUGAUCGAAAGUGCAUUAUUCGUUGUUAAUUUAGAUGAUUAUUCGUCCGGUGACAAUCUAGAUCAAUUUCUUGGAAACAUAUUCCAUGGAAAUGGCUAUAAUCGUUGGUUUGACAAGUCAAUGUCUAUAAUAGUGGAAAGUAAUGGAGUGGCAGGUAUGCAUGGUGAGCAUUCUCCAUGUGAUGCAUUAGUAACAGCAUUUAUCGCUGAAUGGACACUCAUAGAACCAACUGAUUUGGAUGCAAAAACCUCGGGCCGAAAAAUUCCAUCGCCACGUAGAAUCAGAUUUGUCACUAAUCAACAAACGCUUAAAUUCAUUCAAGAUGCAGAAAAACGUAUAUCACAAGUUAUUGCUGAUUCUGAUGUUACUGUAUUACACUCUUCAGAAUACGGUACACAUUUUAUAAAAAAAAUUGCAUAUUACAAACUUCACAGAAAAGUCGUCCCGACUUAUGAAACAGGUUCAACUCGACAAUUUAGACAUGGCCGUACUGAGACCAUAAGAACAUUGAGUGCGGAGAGUAAGGCUUUUGUUGAAGUAAUGGAAAACAAUUCUUUAUCAACAAAAGAAAAAUAUGGAUUAUUACAAGCAGCAGUAAAAGCACAUAGUGAAUAUACUCGAGAUGCAUCAAAUGGAAAAGGUUGCGAUCGUCAUUUACUUGGUCUUAGGCUAUUGCUAAAAGAAGGUGAAUCUCAUCCAUUAUUCCAACAUCCUAUUUUUGCAAAAAGUCAAGAAUGGUUAUUGAGUACAAGUGGUUUAACCACUGGCACUAAAUUUAACGGCACUGGGUUUGGUUGUGUAUAUCCAAAUGGUUACGGAAUUAAUUAUUUACCAGGUGAACAUGUAUUAAAAUUUGGUAUGGAAUCUAAAAAAUCAUCAACAGAAACUGAUACAAAGAAAUUUAAAGAAAGUAUGUUAAGCGCUUUGAAAGAUAUGAGACUUGUUUCUGAAGAAAUUAAUGGAAAAUACGAAAAAAGCAACAAACUUUAA